CUUCUACUUCACAAGAUGCACAGUCCCGCAUUCAGUCAUGAAGUUUCUCAUAUGCCUGUCAUAUUGCGUGGCUCCCGUCCUGACUCAAAUGAUCCUAACGGGUAAAGGACUGGAUACAAGUUCAACGCUACCCGGAAAUGAGCCUGAACUGGCGAUUGAUGGAGACGGGAAUACAUAUUUUAUGUCCAACUAUACCUUGCCCGGGGAAGCCUACUGGCAAAUUGAUUUAGAAGGCUACUAUGACGUCCAUGAAAUACUUAUCCAAUUUCCAAACAUGGUUCGAAAUCCGCCUGAGAACAGAACAAUUUCUCUCUCCAAAUAUUCGACUUUUGAACCUGCCCACACUUUUCUGUGCGGCCAGAAUAUCCCCGGAACUACCUCAACGUGGAUGUGCGAAGGGUUGUUUGCUGUUCAGUACAUACGUGUCACCACCGACCAACCACCACUUGUUCUUCAUGAAAUAGUGAUAUAUGCAGACCAGGCAGUGCAGACAGUGUUGGAAGGAACGUCCCUUGAGACAAUCACGACUACAACAACAGCAACGACGACAGUGUCUUCAGGUAGGUUUCAAUUUUCCAUCACAAAGGAAAAAUAGUUCGAUGUAAAAACAAUGAAGGA